AAUGAAGGCGUACAAAUACGCGUAUACACACACAGACACACGCAUACACACAUCCCAUUACAUCACAUACUGUGUUCUCUCUAUAUGUAUUUAUAUACCAUUUAUGUAUAAUUUAGAAGCGCUUCACGCGGUAGGUCAUAUUUAGAUUUUGUAGGUCACAGGCUACUCACCCCUUAUUUCAAACUUGAAUCUCUGUAGGCGAAAAUCGUAAGCUGUUAUGUUUGUAUUUGCCAGUGAAACUAAUUGUUUGUUCCCAGCAAGUAGGCAAUAUCUUAUCUACAUAGCUGAAUAUCUUUUACUCGCUAUGUUGCUACUGACGGUAUAUUCUGUGUUCGCAAGCUGUACAUGUUAACGAGAUCAGCUCUCAGCACAUCCUCCAUCUGACAGCGAAAUCUAAUGUUUACUGCAGCGUCGGCCAUUGCACAUUUAAAUGUCAUUUCUUGUUACUAGUGAAACAUUAUCAUCAAUUUUCAUAUUUUUGAACCAACAUCGCUCGUUCGUUGUUAUUAAACAGAAUACUUCAUAAUAAUAUUAACAGUAAUAGAAGUAGUAUCGUCACCAACAGUACACGCUGAGUCCAUGGAUAUACAAGGAUUCGAUCCAGAGAAGUAUCUUGAUGAGUUGUUGGCGAUGACAUGUGUGGAAACUAAUGUCUUUAGAGGAAAUAAGCUACAUGUCCACUCCUAUUUUAAAUUUGCCUUUGGAGGGCAUCUCAUGCUGCAGGCAAUCAGUGCUGCUAUUUCUACUGUACCCAAAGAAUAUUAUGUAAACAGUAUGCACAACUAUUUUCUUUCUCCUGGAUCUGAGGAUCCUGUUACUUAUCAUGUGGAUCUCAUGCAUGAUGGUAAGACAUUUAUCAACCGAUUUGUAAAGGCCACCCAAAACGGAAAGACCCUACUCAACAUGCAGCUUUCAUUCAAACGGAAAGAACUUGACUCAAUUCAACACCAGUGGAAAAUGCCUGAAUGCCCUCUUCCAGAAGAUCUUACUUCAGCAAAAGAACAUUUUGAUUCAAAAUUGAGAAACAAUGCAGGGAAAGAAGUAUAUUGUUAUUUGUAUAUGAAAUACCCUGGAAGGUUAAAGAAAAACCAAAACCACCAUCGCUGUAUUUUGACAUAUUUUUCUGAUAACAUUGUUGAAACAUCACUUCUCCCAAAUACUGCACCUAAAGAUAAAUUAUUCAUCACCUCAUUAGAUCAUUCAGUUUGGUUCCAUAAUGAUGUUGAUAUGAAUGAAUGGGUGUUAUAUGAAACAGAAAGCUCAUAUGCUGGUGAUGGAACAGGCUUUAAUACAGGACGUUUCUGGGCACAAAAUGGUACUUUACUUGCUUCUGUCUCUCAGCAAAGUGUCAUUAGAGCAAUGCUUUAAACCAUGUUCUGAUAACAUUUCUGUGAUAUCGACACUUUUAC